UUCGUUCGCAUUCCAUCCCACUUCAACCCCAAUCUCACACAGCAACAAUGGCUCCCAUCAUCGGAAAGAAGGCUCCCAACUUCAGCACCCAGGCCCUCGUUGACGGCCAGUUCAAGAAAGUUUCCCUGGACGACUACAAGGGCAAAUAUGUUGUCCUGUUCUUCUACCCCAUGGACUUCACCUUCGUGUGCCCCACCGAGAUCAUCGCUUUCAGCGACCGCGUUGAGGAGUUCCGCAAGCUGAACGCUGAGGUUAUCGCCGCUUCGACGGACACCGUUUUCUCUCACUUGGCAUGGACCAACCAGCCCAGGAAGGACGGUGGUCUCGGAGAGAUGAAGAUCCCAAUCUUGGCCGAUGUGACCAAGAAGGUCUCCAGCGACUACGGUGUCCUGAUCACCGAAGGUGAUGACGAAGGUGUUGCGCUCCGUGGUACCUUCAUCAUCGACCCCGAGCAGAACCUCCGCAUCGCUCACGUGAACGACCUCCCCAUCGGCCGUAACGUCUCCGAAUACAUCCGUCUCGUCGAGGCUCUUCGCUUCCACGCGGAGCACGGUGAGGUCUGCCCCGCCAACUGGCAGAAGGGAGGAGCCACCAUCAAGACCGACCCCAAGGCCAGCAAGGAGUACUUCAACAAGAUCGACGGAGUGCAACAUCAGGCUAGUCGCAAGAGGAUGGCAGAGGGAUCUGCACAGGAACCUGACACGAAGAAGCGAAGGCCAUGAGCAUUGGUGCAACUCAGCGAUGAAGUCUGUUAUACCGGGUCGAAGUUCACAAUCGGCGGGGAGAGUAUAUGUUUUACA